AUGGAAGCCCCUGUAAUAUUCGAAGCGUCGCCUCAGCAGCCAUCCCACAAGACCACGUCGAAGUCCACCAGCGUCGACGAUGAUAUCAGCUCCAGUCUUCUCCCACGUUGUCGCUCGAGUUUACAGAUUGCUGCGCACGGCACCAGUGCCACGGUGUCGCGAGCACCAUCGUCGCCGUUGCUGUCGUCGCCGCUGUCGUUCCUGUUAUCUACUCCAUGGUUCUACGUCCGCGCUUAUGUUACAAAAACGCAACCUUCAGAGGAAAGUGAAGGGUCUCACCCUUUAAUGAAUAGGAAGAUUGAUUUAUAUAAGGAGGUGCAUCAGCACACGAUCAGCGUGGGCUGUUUUGCUGUUAUCCUACUGGCUGAUAUAUGGGGAGCCAGACCCACUAUUAGCCAAUUAUUCAAUGAUUAUUAUCCGAGCGGCCAGCUGGUCCUAAAAUAA